GCAUCUAUACUGCAAUCGGUGAUCUUGAUCCUCCCGCACACAUGGUUUUCAACGAGAUGGAACUCCACAAGGUGGAUGGCGUUGAAUCAAAUGGUCUGGCAGAGGAUAGCGAGUAUGAUCCGUUCCGGCAUCGACGUGUGAAGAAACCAACCUCCACCAAUGGCACGAUCAUUCACAUGCUUAAAGGAUCGCUCGGGACCGGCAUCCUGGCGAUGCCUUCCGCUUUCCGAAACGGUGGACUGGUGUUUGGGGUUAUUGGCACGACCCUGGUGGGACUGAUCUAUGCGCAUUGCGUUUAUCUUUUGGUAUCGACGUCCCAGAAGUCCUGCAAACGAACCCGGACACCACUGCUCGGAUUCUCGGAAACAGCCCAAAGUGUCUUCCGGCACGGUCCCGAAUCUACGCAACGUUUUGCAAAUGCGGCAAAAGCGUACAUCGACUACUCACUGCUGAUCGUCAGCUUCUUCUCCGUCUGCGUGUAUUUGCUUUUCAUCGCCACCACGCUGCACGAUGUGGUUAACAGCAAGCUGGAAAUCGACUGGGACACCCGCAUCUACAUCCUGCUGACGGCCGUUCCUCUGAUAUUUGUUACGCAAGUGCGCGAUCUGCGCUACCUGGUGCCAUUUUCCGCCCUGGCCAAUGCGCUCAUCCUGGCCACGUUCGCUAUCACCCUGUACUAUAUCUUCCGAGAGCCGAUCAACCUGUCCGGGUUGCGACUCUUUCCCGAGAUAACCGCACUGCCAUCAUUUUUCGGAACGGUUGUGUACGCAGUCGAAGGAAUCGGAGUAGUUCUUCCGGUGGAGAACAAGAUGAAACAUCCGGAACACUUUCUUGCUUGCCCGGGCGUACUUGGUGUCGUGCUGAGCUUCAUCACGGUGCUGUACAAUGUGACGGGAUUUUUCGGAUACGCACGCUACGGAGCUGCCACUCACGCCACCGUUACGCUCGACCUCCCCAACGAUGAAUGGCUUGCCUUGUCCACACAGUUACUUGCUGCCGUGGCCAUCCUGUUCACGCUCGGCAUCUACUACUACGUACCGAUGGACAUUCUCUGGCGCAAGGUGAAACACUUAUUCGUACCGGAACGUCACAACUUGGCCCAGGUAACGAUACGAUUCGGCAUUCUAGUAGCCAUGACGGGGCUGGCGCUCGGUGUGCCGGAGCUAGAACCGUUCAUCGGACUCGUCGGAUCGAUCUGCUCUGCAACACUCGGACUGCUGACGCCAAUCGUUCUCGAUACGGUGUUCCGUUGGCCCACGGCCGGCGCUUUCGGCCGCUACCGGUGGAAGCUGGUAAAAAACCUGAUCCUGAUGGCAUUCGGACUGUUCAUUCUCGUCGUGGGAACGUACUUCAGCAUUAAGGACAUCGUCGAUAUAUACGGGUGAACUCUAUCAUGUUUUAUACGAUCAGGGCAGCUGAUAUUUUAUAUGUUUAUCAAAGUUUUCACUUUACUCAACAACAUAUUUUACUUACUAUUAGUUUUUGUUGCCAAUCUGGUGACUUUACACAUGUCGUCGUAUUUACGUGGCAUCUAUUCUAGACGUUAGUUUUUUUUUCUUGUUUCUGAAACCAAAAUAUUUGAAUUUAUAUUGAAAAGUAUAUGACAAACAUUUGUUGUUUGACAAACGACAAUGUUAUUGUCGUACGAAAAGAUAUUUUACAGCGAAUGGGAAAACAGAAAAUUUGUACAAAAACCGAACUGUAACAUUAAUUCACGUGCAUAACACCAUCCGUAAUUUACAUAGUAAUAUCAUUAAUGAACAUCGGGUGUUAUAUGGGAAAAUAUGAUAUUUGUCUUGAUGAACUUUGUAUACCACUUACUAGGUAUAAUCAUGGAUUUUUCAUCCUAGAAUUUUUUCAACGAGGACAACAAACAAGCACAAUAAAUGAUCAAGUGGAUUUAU